CUCCCUUCUCUCUGUCUACAUAUAACGACACGUAUCGCCUGCUUUCAAUUUCGCCGCGUUGGUCGCCCGCCAGUCGCGAGUGACCUAGUAAAAUGCGCACGGCCGCCAUCGCCGCCACCGCCACCGAGCCCUUUUUCUAAUCGCGACGCUCGCGGCCCAAUCUCAACACGCAAACGAAAUGCGCAUCCAUAGUUAACGCGGUAUUGUUGUAAAACUAAACAAUCAAACAAUCUGUGCGCAUUAUCUCAACAUGGAAAACCGGAAAACAUGCCUGGAGGUACACCAUCGUAUACAUACAGUGUGAUAAACUCUCAGUGGACGGAAAAUCAAUCUAAACUAUAAUUUCGUCAAAAAAUCUAAUACCGAGUGUUGCACUUUGAGGAUUUUUGAUUAUCAGAGGAAUCAGCAGGAAAUUAGCAACAAAUUCAAACAUUACUUGGAAAUUGGCAGCCAUGCAGAAGGCGUGAAUAACUUCCAUAGUGUAGGUGGGCGGAGCUUAGAGCAUCAACAAGAUGGAUUUGGAAAUGAAACUACACGCGGCCGAAGUGCGCCGGUCGGACUUACAGCGCGCGCAUCAGGAAGCAAUGUCAGCGCUACGCGACUGCGGCACUGACUUACUAGACGCGAGGCAAUCGCGCGUGCGUGAACUCGAGAAAAAAGUCGCAUUAGAAACCGUGCGUUGUGAGGAGUUACAACUUGAGUUAGCGUCGGCGCAGAGGCAGCGUACGCCUGCGUCACACUCACCGCACCAAUCACAUCACUCGCCCGGACAUCAACUGGGUGUUAACGUAAGCUACGGCUAUAACAACAUGACAAACAAUAUGAAUAUGGGUGUGUCGAAUGCUGGACCAAUGCAAAUGCAACAACAACAACAACAACAUCAACAACAACAACAACAGAUGCAGAAUAUGUCACACGUGACCAAUAUGAGUAAUAUGACACAUGGCGGCCAUCUUGCAACCACGCCACAGAAGCAUAACGAGAUUGAUCGCAUCAUGGCGAAGAUCGAACAGGACAAUCGUAUCCUCGCUGAGUUGGACCAUACACGCUCGACCACCUUGGGUUUGGCAAGUUCGGCGAGUUCGCACGCCUUGGGUGAAUCCUCGCCGCCAUUAUCACCGAUCACCAUGUCGCACACAACGCCAUCUAUUUUCCCCAGCGGGUUAACUUCGACAUCUACCGGUGGAAUGCAUAACUAUUCCGGUGUGGGUGUAGGUGGCGCUUCUGCAUUGUCUUCAUACAUGCCAUCCGGUGGUUAUUCUUCAACUGUUGGUGGUGUGGGUGUUGUUGGUGGUACCUCGUCACUUGGUAACACCCUGGGUCAUUCGUAUACGAACAAAAGCAUUCUUGGGACCAGUCUUGGUACAACCGGAUUACCAUCAGCGCUUUCGGGUGUUUCAGGUGUACCUGGUGUUCCUGGUUUGAGUGGUGUUGGUGUUUCUUCUCUAUCCACUGGUUUGGGUGGUGCUCUUGGUGGUACGGCUCUGUCAGCUGGCGCGUAUUCAACUAAUACUACUUUUACCAAUCCCUUGUUGUCCAAUUCACUACCACCUACGUCGUUUAGUAAUCCGACAUUUGCUGGUGCGGGCGCCACGAAUAUCAACCAGUUUGGGUUGUCUGGUGGGACCGUUGGAGGGUUUAGUAGUCUCGGGACGAAUAAUGUAACAUUUUCCAACCCGUUGAGCUCACAGUUCAACUCUCUACCAAUGAGUAUCAAGUUGAAACCUUUGGAUGAAGUGGAAUUGGGUGCCAGGAGGGUCGCGACCCCUGUAACACCUCAUCAGACAAGUUGGGGACUAGGGGCUUCUUUGGGGUUGACCUCAGACCCUACCAGGAGGAUACUCACUGAUGGUUUGGAUUCUGAUUGGUCUGGGGUGAGUGGGCUCAUGGAUAGGAGUUAUCUGAAUGGUCAUCAAGGUCUUGAGGGAACAGUGGACAUGUUGGACAUACCUGGGAAAGGCAGGUGUUCUGUCUACAUAGCAAGAUUUUCUUAUGACCCUGAAGAAUCCGAAGAGGAGUUGGCUGUACAAGCAGGGGAUUACCUCCUGGUCUGGGGUGAACCCCUUGGUGGUACCGGAGGGUACCUGGACGCUGAACUUCUCGAUGGGAGAAGAGGUUUAGUCCCUGCACACUUCGCACAGAGACUCAUAGGUGAUGAUCUGUUGGAAUUCCAUCAAGCUGUGUUGUCUACCCUCCGGGAGGAUGAAAUCAACGCUGAGACCUUCGCAGCUGAUGUCCAACGCCUGACAGAAUUAGCUGAAUUGGCUGAAGGUCAAGAGGACGAGCUUGACAAUGGUGAGCCAGACUAUUUCUUCUCGGUACUAGUACCGGCGCCCAAGCAGCUGACCCUGGAACGCCAGCUGAACAAAAGCGUGUUGAUCAGCUGGACCGCCCCCGACAACGUCGGCCCCGCCCAAAUCGAAAGCUACCACGUGUACGUCGACGGCGUGCUCAAGGCAACCAUCAAAGCAACCGAACGCACACGCGCACUCGUCGAAGGCGUCGACUCCAACCGGUUUAUGCUUCAGCCUCAUCGCAUCAGCGUGCGUUCGGUAACAGCCAAUCGUCGCACGUCACGUGACGCCGCAUGCACGAUGAUCAUUGGCCGUGACACGCAUCAGCUGGGUCCGUCCGCAGUCCGUGCGACGAACAUAACCGCCACGCAAGCGGUGAUCAGUUGGUUGCCGUCUAACUCCAAUCAUCAGCAUGUUGUCUGUGUGAAUAACGUGGAAGUACGAUGUGUGAAACCUGGCGUUUAUCGACAUACCAUCACUGGCUUAGCGCCCAAUACACAGUAUCGUGUGACUGUUAGAGCGAAGCAUCAUCGUGCCGCGCAGAAUGUCGCGAAUGUCGCUGAGGAUUUACCAUUGCCUGCGGCUGCGCAUACGGAUUUCCGUACGUUGCCGAAAGGGUUGCCUGAUCCGCCCAGUGAUAUUCAGCUGGAGGCAGGGCCGCAGGAUGGCACGUUGUUGGUUACGUGGCAUCCGGUGUUGACGCCCCAUCAUCCGGGGUCGGCCAUUACUGGGUAUGCGGUGUUUGCGGAUGGUAAGAAGGUGACGGAUGUGGAUAGUCCUACUGGGGAUCAUGCGCUGAUUGAUAUCAGUAAAUUGUUGAGUAUGAAUCCCAAGCAUGUGACGGUUAGGACCAAGGCGAGGGAUGGGCAGUCGGCGGAUUCGGUGCCUACGUUGAUUCCGAUGCAAGUUUUGAGAGGUGGGGCUAAUCGGCAGAGGCAGCCGCAUAGUGCUAUGCCGAUGCAUAUGAGGCAGACUAAUCGUCAGGGGCAACAAGUUCUGGAACAUGAUGAAAACCUAAGUGACAAAGAAAUCUUCCCCAAUCAAGGUCACCGUCAACAAGGAGGUAUACCCCAAAUAGCGCACCGUCCGCUUACAGAGAUCACCAACGAAGGUAACCUCAGCGAGGACGAGCUCCUCGACUCCGCUCCACCAAUGACAAUGAACAAACGCGGUGGGCCAGGCGGUCCCACCCAACAAGUAGGCGGAGCUGGGCGUUACAGCGGAGGCGUAUCCAACCCCCAACAACGCCCCGGGGCCCAAAGACAAAUGAAUGUCAACCAUCAACAACAUGCUGGUACACCUCACACCCCGCAACAAGCGCAGACGCCUUCGCAACCCCAACCGCCCAAUCAACAACAACAACAACAGCAACAACAACAGCAACAACAACAACAGCCACCUGGCGGCUGGCGUGGCAAUGAUCCCUACCAGCAUUCACCAGGACAGCAACAAGUGGUGCCAGGUGGGCAGCAACAGAUGCAGCAGAUGCAAGGUGGGAUGAGAGGAGGGAUGAGGGGUGGGAUGCAGCAUGGACCUAGAGGGGGGCAGAUGGGGGCGGCUGGACAACCGCCUACGGCGCAGAAACGCGCGAGGUGGUUUGUUGCACUGUUUGAUUAUGAUCCAGCGACUAUGUCACCCAAUCCGGAUGCUUGUGAUGAGGAACUUCCUUUUAAUGAAGGGGAUAGUAUCAAGGUGUGGGGGGAUAAGGAUGCUGAUGGGUUUUAUUGGGGAGAAUGUCGAGGUAGAAGAGGUUAUGUCCCACACAACAUGGUAAUGGAAGUAGAAGGCGGACAAAACCGUGACCGUGACCGCUGGGGCGACAUCUACGCCACAAUGCCAAUGAAACGAAUGGUGGCCCUCUACGACUACGACCCACAAGAACUCAGCCCCAACGUGGACGCCGAGCAGGUGGAAUUGAGCUUCGCCACCGGGCAGAUCAUCAACGUCUACGGCGAGAUGGACGACGAUGGGUUCUAUAUGGGUGAGAUAGAUGGCGUGCGUGGACUGGUGCCGUCCAACUUCCUCACCGAGGCGCCGGAUCAGUAUGGCCCGGGCGGGGCGUCCGCCCAGCAGAUGGGGCGGGGACCGGCUGGCCAGCAACAGCGUGGUGGGCGUGGGCAUGGGCCUGGGGCACGUGGACCACCGCCGCCGCCUAGGGAUGGGACUGGACGUGGACCACAUGCCUGCCCUGUGUUACCCUCUCAGUCAGACACCACCAACACCGCGCCACCGAACACACAGGGUUUCACCGAGCACCAGAGGAGAGGCCAGAGAGGUGGUAAUCAACCAAUGAUGAAUCAACCACAACAACAGACUGCUACAACCGGAGGCGGGAUUAUGGGCGGAUUGUUUGGUUCCUCAUCGACCAAUCAACAACAAACAACCACUGGUACAUCAGGUGGUUUCUUUAGUAAUCCUGUGUCGAAUUUAUUCGGGGGCGGGGCUACGCAGACUCAACAACAACAACAACAACAACAACAACAACAGCAACAACAGCAACAACAGCAGCAACAACAACAACAACAACAACAGCAGAUGAAUAUGGGCGGAGCUUACAAUACACAACCUACAAAUAACUACGGCUCCGCCCAGAACACAACCACCAAUCGCAUGGGCAUGAAAGGCGUGCCCCAAGUGAUACCCAGCGUGAACAACCCAAUGGGUCAGGUAGGCGGUGCGCAACAACAACAACAACAACCCGGUGGUAUGAUGGGCGGAAUGACAGGUAACAUGAAUCCAAUGCAAGGGGCGGGGCAACCCGGUCAGCAAGGCCCCAAUCUCAUGCAGAAAUUAAACGAAAUGGCCGCCCCCGGUGGCGAUAUGCUCUCAAAAGGCAAAGAACUGUUAUUCAUGAAGUUUGGCCUCGGCGGCAAAUAACCAACCAUCGCCUUUAGCCCCGCGGCGUAAACCCGCCCUCUAAUCCUAACCUAACCUAAAAUAACGCAAUAACCGUUGUAAAAUUCCGAUUCCGCCGAUUCCGAACGAACGAAGCAAAAUAAAAAAAAAUUGUUACGUGUUGUUGUUGUUGUUGUUGUCUGUUCGAUUAUUGACAAAUUAUUAUUAUUCUAACGCAACAAUUGUUAUCAUGUGUAAAACUAUGACAUUGACAAAAGCGGAAGUGUUAUUAUUAUUAUUGAUGAUUAUAACAAAUAAUUAUAUUAGCGCGCUGUUGUUGUUGGACGCGUUGGUGGUGCUCGAAAACAUAAUAGCCACACGAAUAAAUUGUAUAAAUUGUUAUUCCCCCCGCCCCCUAACUCUCGCCACGCCCAUAUAUUUAACAUCACAUCAGACACGCCCACACACACACACACACAUGAUGUUCUAAUCACCAUGAUAUAAACUAAAACCAAACAACGUGUAGGAUGCGUGAUGCGUGCGCACACAACACACAUAGAUUGAGGUUAUGUGCGAGUCACACGUCUUAUCUUACGCAGAAUAUAAAUAUAUAAAUAUACAUGCUAUAUAUAUACAUAUACAUAUAAAUAUAAAUAUAAUUAACUUUUACAUUUACACAUAAUCACUAAUUAAUUAUUAAAUGAUAUUAUAUAUUCAACAAAUGAGGUUAUGGCGCAUAGCAGGUGCAUAAAAACAACAAAAACGUGUGUUCACUAUAGUCUCCCCCCUGAUCCGUACCCAUUUUCACUAAAUGAAAUUAUUGUAUACGUGUGUGUAUGUGUGUGUGUCAAGAUGGCGUCCGAGGCGCGAGCGCGAUAUCAUUAUCAUUAACGUUUCUAUUGUCUCUAUAUAAAUAUUUCAAUAAAUAUAUUUAAACUCUAACGCUAUGAAGAUUAUAAAUACUUACAUUGUAUAAAGUUUAAAUACACACCACACACGGGGACGUUGGUCGCAUCAUAUCACUAUUUUUAAACGUUUUGGGUUGUGUUGUUUGGUUGGAUGUAAAGAUGAAGAUUUGGGAAGAUGAUUGGUGAAAGAAUUUUUAAAAUCGGUUGAGUGGUUUAGGAGAUAUUUAAGUUUUUAGAAAAAUUUGCUCCGCCUACUUGCGCGUGCGUUGUAGUGAAAGUAGGCGGAGCACUUUUUUGUAUAAGUGAAGAUAUCUCAUGAACUAUUCAGGCGAUUUUAAUUAUUUUCUCGGAUUUGGGUUGUAGAUUAGUUGAUUUUUAUUGUUUAUAAUUAUUAUCGACCAAAUAUGUAAUGUUAAAGUUUUGUUUUUAAGUAAAAUUAAUUUUUAAGUGAUUAUUGUGACACACGCACAAAAUUAUCAGAGUUUGAGGUUUUGUAAAAAUUUAAUGUUUAAAUAUUGUUCAUGUUAAAUAAUUAAGCACAAAAUUUGUUUAAACAAUUAGAGAAUCAGAAAUUUAUGUUGAGAGCAUAACUGAAGAAAAAAUUAAAAUCCGACCAGUAGUUUCAGAGAUAUUAAUAUUUUGUUAAAUUUAAGUCACACAUGCGCGUUUUUAAAGUGGGCGGAGCAAAAUUAUAGAAAAUCGUUGAUAUCUUGAAAACUACUUGAUGGAUUUCAAAAAUUAAAACUCUGUUAUAAACUAGAGAUAAAACUACAUAGAAUUAUUUAUGUUUUUGUUCAUAAAAAAUCAAAAUGGCGUUGUUGUAAAUUUUCAAAAAUAUUUCCCAAACGGCGGAUCAUUGUGACCGAUGUACAAUCAGUCAUUUUCGUAGCGAGAUAAUAACUUUGUGGACAAUACAUGAAAUCGGUCACGAAAUUCACCGCCUCCCGAAAUACUUUUGAAAUAUUUCAUCAAACACACACACACACACUUAUAUAAAAACGAACCGCCAUGACACAAUGUAAAUACUAUACAUAAUGAUUGCAUAAAUUAAACUAUUAGAACAUUUCAACACUUGUAACCUAAAAAUGAGAAUCGAAUCGAACCUAAAAAAACACAAAUCUAAAACAAAUUUAUUCAAUUUCUCUUUUUUGAAACCAAAAAAAAAACGCGCAAAGUCAGUGUAAAUGCUUGCUCGCAUAUGCAUGUAUAUUAACUCUUAACCUAACAAACAUACAAAAUGGCGGCGUAACAUGAACGAAUGACCAAGUAAAGAAAUAAACAAACAAAAAAUCUGUAGCGGUGUGAAUGUGAAUGAAUAUUGAAUGAAAAGAAGAAAAAAAAAACGCCACAAAACACAUGUCAAAUGAAACAAAACACAGAACAAGAUGGCGGACAUGACAUGCAACGUAACAUAUCCGAUUCCUUAUCUUUAGUCGUAUUUUCACACAUAACUCACACUCACACGAGUUUCAGUUGUUGAUUCGUUUGUAAACGUCAAAGAGUAAGGUUAACGAAAAGUAAGGUUAUGAAUACACACACAUACAUACACAUACAUUAUCUCCAUCUUUAUCUAAAGAACAAGAAAACCUCUCUCUAUCUCUUUAAUGUAAUACACGCAUACAAACAAAGCGAGCGCGAUGGAAACAAAAUAAACUAAAAUAAACUAAACCCAAAAAAAAAACAGAGUGUUGUGAAUAUUAAAGUUAUACAGUACAUAUUAUAUAAAUAUUGAGCAUAUUGUAUGAUUAUGUGACGAGAUGGAGUGCGCAUGCGCAUCGGAUCAGAUCUACCAAAAAUGAUUAUAAAAACGCAUACGCAAAAUACGUUAACACGCAAAACAAUUUGAUGAUGUGAGAGGCGGAUGUGACAGGAUUGUGUGUGAUCCUGGGUGAUGACGUGCGAAAACACUUGGAAAUGAUAAUAAAGCUAAUUUACAACGUUAAAUAA